AUGGUUGUCAAACUCCGACUUAAAGCUCGCGUAAUAGCCGUCAUCUUCCCACCACCCGACCUCCGCUUCCCCGCCACCCCAUCUCCCCUGCUCGCCGACCGAUCUCCCGUGCAACCCGCCCGAGUUCCCGUUCCCGCGGCCCGAUCUCCCAUUUCUGCCGCCCAAUAUCCCCUUCUCGCCUCCUCUCGCCUCCCCGCGCGUGCUCCUCUCGCCUCUCAGCGCGUGCUCCUCUCCCCUCCCAGCGCGUGCUCCUCUCCCCUCCGCGUGCGUGCUCCUCUCCCCUCCGCGUGCGUGCUCCUCUCCCCUCCGCGUGCGUGCUCCUCUCGCCUCCCCGCGCGUGCUCCUCUCCCCUCCCCGUGCGUGCUCCUCUCGUCUCUCCGCGCGUGCUCCUCUCCCCUCCCCGCGCGUGCUCCUCUCCCCUCCGCGUGCGUGCUCCUCUCCCCUCCGCGUGCGUGCUCCUCUCCCCUCCGCGUGCGUGCUCCUCUCGCCUCCCCGCGCGUGCUCCUCUCCCCUCCCCGUGCGUGCUCCUCUCGCCUCCUCGCGCGGCAUCCCCCCUGCACGCCCUCAUUUCCCCCCCUGCACGCCCUCAUUUCCCCCCCUGCACGCCCUCAUUUCCCCCCCUUCACGCCCUCAUUUCCCCCCCUGCACGCCCUCAUUUCCCCCCCUGCACGCCCUCAUUUCCCCCCCUGCACGCCCUCAUUUCCCCCCCUGCAGGCUCUCAUUACCCCCCUUUUAUGCACCCGUUUCCCCUCUGCUCACUCUCUUUCACCCCUCACUCACGCGUUUUCCCCUCUGCUCACUCUCUUUCCCCCACACUCACCCUUUCUCCCCUCUGCCCACUCUGUUUCCCCCGUCACUCACCUUCUUACCGAAUUCUCACUUUUCAUUCACCCCUUUUUCCAAUCCCGCUUCCCCUUUUCCAUCUCUCCUUCAUGCCUCCCACCACCUCUCCCUGCCUUCCUUGCUUCUCUCCUUAUCUCCUUCAUGCCUCCCACCAUCUCGUUUUCCUUCUCAUCUCUUGUGGGCCACAUCACAAGGCCCGUCUGCCCUCUCACACUCUUCCUGCCAUUCUCACUCUCGCAAUCCUCACCGCCGUCCCUUCCUUCCUGUAACCAAUCUCCCCUCCCCCCUUUUCCCUUCCUUCCCUCCACUUCCUCCCCUUCCCUUCCUUCUCUCCCCAUCAUUCCCUCCCCUUCCUCCCCUCCCCUUCAUCCCCAUCCCUGCCCUUUCCUCCCUGCCCUUCCCUUCUCGACCCCGCCCUUCUACGUCACUCCUCGCCUUCUGCCCUCCAGUUCAUGUGCAUGUGCUGCCAUCACUUUUGCCCCAUACAUGCAUCUUAUUAACUCAUGUUUACUCGCUUGUAUUCCCUUUUCACCCUCCGUCCCUUCAAAUCUCCCCUCACUUACUACCCAUCUCCCUGCCUUUCCAUCACACCUCCCUGCCUUCUCAUGGAUUUGA